UACAGACUCUUACUAAAAAUGUCGGGCGACGAAGGUGCUCAGAGUCCGGACCAGCUGAAUAAAUUCGUGAAACUGUCAGGGAGGCCUUCUCUCAGAGUGGCAGGCUCUAAGAAGAGAGUCCGCUGGCUUCAGGCGCGACGCAUCCUCACGCAACCUUGCCCCAGCCUCCGGAUCCCUAACAGGUUUUUCAGAGAAGGUCACCGGGCUCCUCCGGCGAGGAGCGGGCACCGCUGCGUGGCGGACCAGAGCAACCUGUAUGUGUUUGGCGGAUACAACCCCGACUACGACGAGUCGGGCGGCUCCGAGAACGACGACUACCCGCUCUUCCGUGAGCUGUGGCGCUACCACUUUGCCACGGGCACCUGGCAGCAGAUCCACACGGAAGGGUACAUGCCCACCGAGCUGGCAUCCAUGUCAGCUGUUCUGCACGGGAACAACCUGCUGGUGUUCGGCGGCACCGGAAUCCCGUUUGGCGAAAACAACGGGAACGACGUUCACGUCUGCAAUGUCAAGUACAAGCGGUGGUCACUGCUGAACUGCAGAGGAAAGAAACCCAACCGAAUCUAUGGACAGGCGAUGGUGAUCAUAAACGGCUUCCUGUACGUGUUUGGGGGGACGACAGGCUACAUCUACAGUACAGACCUGCACCGGCUGGACCUGACCACACGGGAAUGGAUCCACCUCAAGCCCAACAACCCCCCCGACGACCUGCCUGAGGAGAGGUACAGGCAUGAGAUUGCACAUGACGGACAGAGGAUAUUCAUACUGGGAGGCGGAACCUCCUGGACAUCCUACCCUUUAGACAAAAUUCAUGCGUACAACUUGGAGACCAACUCCUGGGAAGAAAUAGUCACGAAACCACACGAGAGAAUAGGGUAUCCUGCUCCCAGGAGGUGUCAUAGCUGUGUACAGAUAAAGAAUGACGUGUUCAUCUGCGGGGGCUACAAUGGCGAGACGAUCCAGGACGACCUGUGGAAGAUCAGCCUGCAGACCUUCCAGUGGACGAAGCUGCCCGCCCUGAUGCCAGAGCCGGCCUACUUCCACUGUGCUGCCGUCACGCCGGCGGGCUGCAUGUACAUCCACGGCGGCGUGGUGAACAUCUACGAGAACCGGCGGACGGGCUCGCUCUUCAAGAUCUGGCUGGUGGUGCCCAGCCUGCUGGAGCUGUGCUGGGAGCGGCUGCUCAAGGCCUUCCCCCACCUGCCCCACCUCUCCACCAUGCAGCUGCUCAACUUGGGCCUCACGCAGGAACUCAUCGAGCGCCUCAAAUGACAACAUCAUAAACUUGCGCGUGCACAGACACGGAUGAUGAAUAAGACAGACGAAAUGGAAUAUAACAUUGAGGGGAUUAUAAUGACGAUUGGAACAGAAAUGGAAAGAAAUUGGAAUUAUUGGAAUGAGAAUGGUUGGAAAUGGAACGUGAUGGAACGAAUACAACAUACUACGUUGAGGGACUACUUGGGAGUGUUAUUGGGGGACGGAACUAAGAUUAUAAGAGAACUUGGUACAGAAGGAGGACAAUAUGAACUGAAUUGAAUGAGCACAGAUUUUCUUUUUUUGUUUUAUUUUUAUUUUUGUUUAUUUUUUUAGAUUUCAUUCUAUCCCCGGUCCUCCAUCUCCUCUGCCCAACGACCCCAAACUCUAUGGUGAGGAGGCGCUUUUAAGAUUUAAUGUUUCGCCUUAAAACCAAAUGAACUUUUAUUAUUAAAAAAUUCUCUGUUCUCGUUUACACCUGUGAUUUUUCUGCUUUUUUUUUUAACAAAAAAAGGAAAUCAGAACUAAAGGAAUAUAGUCUGUCGAGGACUUCAACCUGAAUGGAAUGUUUUAAGUGCUCAGAACUUUCCUGGCUUCGUGUGCACUUUUCUUAAGCCCCCUUUUUUUCCCCUGCUGACCUGUGUGCCCUACUCACAAUACUGGCCUGGACAGACACUUUUCUUUUUUUAACUUCAUUUAGUCUCUCUGUUUUCGGUCAUGGUUAAUUUUCCCUCUUCUUUUUUGUUGCUAUAAUAAUGUUCUUAACAGCCGCGGCUGUGUGCUCUCUCCACCUGACAUCUAGUGUCUAGUGGCGUCUUGGUUCAUCCAGCCUGCCUUGGUUUGAAAGGAGAGUGAAAGAGGUCCUUGAUUGUUUGAAAAAGUACCUGUGUUUUGUAAGACUUUUUUUUUUUAAGGGUUUCAAGAUGUUCGAUUAACUUUAAAGGUUCUCACACAACUAGGGGUUAAAAAGGUUUAGAUCAUGGUGUCGCUAUUGUUCCCUAACAAAAACAGAAGAAAAAGAAGGCCUUAAUUCUGAUAGCACUGUUGGAUUGGUGGAAUUCAAACGCAGUCAACCACUUGACUAAAUUUCACGUCAGAAUUCCCUCUUUUGUUGAGGCUAGCCUGACUCUGUCUGGUUUGAUUGACUGGAUUGCUUUUAGCCGCUUUUAGUGUGUCUUUCUUCAGUGUCUUUACUUUGCCCCUUGUACAGUUAUGUAAACCAAAAUGUUACAUCACUGUGAAAAUGGUGCUUCUCUAAGUAACUUUUUUUCCCCCUUCAAUUAUUUAAAAUCAAUAAAUUUUUACUGCCCUCCCUUUCUCUGCAGUGUUAAACGGCAA